AUGUUAACAUCAAAAUCUGUUUUCAUGAGGAAUCCCGUACACCAUGGAACACGAUCCAUUUUGUGUGCGAUCAAGCUUACAAUGUCCUUUUCCUCGAAGCCUCAAGUUGCAGAAAAUCAGUCGUUCUUCACACCUUUACCUCCCAAGGAUUUAGCGCUGCAAUUUAAACAUCAAAUUGCUGGCAGGAAAUACCUGCCUGGAUCUGGUGGAAAGGGCCUCCCGAAAUUCCUUUCAUCCGCAAGAGAAGGAUUUCCAUUUGCUUUGCGCGCCGAAUCUAUUGAUCACCUGACCCCUGAUAAAUGGGGUCAGCUUUGCCGGGAACAGCUCGAUAGAGUUCUUCCAAAAUACAACGCUGUCUUAUUUCGCAAUCUGCCCCUUUUUGAAGCCGGAGAUUUCGCCAAGUUUGCGGACAACCUCGGCUACAAACCAACGAAUUACGAAGGUGGUACCGGAAACAGAUACCUAGCAGAAGGUGAAACGGAAGUGUAUUUAUCCACCAGUGAUCCCCCAGAUUUUAACAUCGAGCUUCAUAAUGAGAUGGCUUGUUCACCAGUUCAUCCCAAGAAGGUGAUGUAUUUCCACUCACUUUUACACAUUUAGACUUAAGAAUUUUAAAACGUCUUCAGAGUUUCAUUUUACAAGUUCUCAAAUUAAGACAAGGAGUCCUCGAUUAAAACAAACGUUUAAAGGAUACUUUAGGCGUGUAAAAUAUCAUUAAGGAACUGGUCAGCCGGGGGGGGGGGGAAAGGGGGUAAGGGGUGGGGGGGUUGGAGGAAUCUGGUUGUGACAUGACAAAAUUCAUGUGUACCCCCCAUAAGCCUCUGCAAUAUUCUUAUGUUCCCCCUUCCCUCAUCGGCAGUAAAUUGUCAAUCAACACUUGGCAUAUUCAACUCGCAUCAAUGUAAGUUUCUGAGCAACUGCGAACCUACCCCUCCCCUAAACCAACAACAGAAAACUGAUAACAAGUUAGAUUUAGUUCAGGGUUAGGGGAGAGGUAGGUGCGCAGUUGGUCAGAUACUAACAUUGAUCCGCCAACACCUUGGUACUUUUUGCUCCCCGGAUUAAGAAUUAUCAUUUCAUAACCCUCAGACGAAACAAUUUUGAGAGGUUGGCUUUCCCCUCAUAUGGUAAUUGCCUAAUAACAUAUUCUCUUUAUAACAGGUCAUUUUCUUUUGUCUCACUGAGCCUAACGAAGAAUGGGGAGGUGUAACUCCGCUGGUCAGAAAUAAUGAAAUUUACGAUCAGCUUGAUCCGGAAGUGAUAAAGAUACUGGAAGAAAGACAAAUACGCUACACGCGAUACCUACCUGACGAGAAACAUCAUCCCUAUGCCUCUUGGCAACAGUCGUUUAUGACCAAAGACCCAAAGGUAUGUGUUAUGUUUCUCUUUCGGUAAAGAGUUAAGAGUGACUGCUAGCCCAGUGGCUCAUCUUAUCGGAUAUUAUCCCGGUUCCCGCAGUGUUAUACGACUAGAAGUAUUGCCUUUCCUUCUCCCCGGGGUACCAGUCAAUUGCAGGCUACCCCCCUCCCUCCCUCUCGCAACCUUUCACCGGGUCUCCCUCAAAGUUUGCCGUUAACCAUUCACUCUUCUGGAUGAACAGAGGCACUGAGAUAAUAAAAUGUUUAUGUCUAUUUCUGCGACAGAAUAUUGCUCAUUCAUUGUAACGUAAGACUUAUCAUUUAACUGAAAAACAAAAUGAAUAAGUUCCCCUUGGUUUCUGAGGAGUAAAAUAUUAUAACAAAAAUAUAUAUAUAUUAAGCCCCUACCGGUAUUGGCUUAUCAGUAUGUUCAGUCUUUGCUAUCCCUUUCACAAAUUAUAUACCCCUAACUUUAUGAGAAAAACUACUUUUAAGAUCGGUCAGAACCAUGCAGAAUAUGUUGAGAACUGAAAAACGAUUCUAAGCUGUCUUCAAAAAUACCGUGGAAAAUGGAAAUUGUUGAUGAAACCUGUGAAGACAUAACGUCGACGCUUGGUCUCAUUUUGUCGCCACUUUCAGAUACGCUAAAUGUCUGAGUUUCAGUGUAUUUCUUGAAAUCUUGUUUGGAAAACUGAACGCGUUGAUUCCUCCAUUCAAUUCCCCAUAAAAAAAAGUAUCUCUGGUAAUAAGCUCACCUAAACGACUCUAAGAAAUAGAGGCUUAUAAGGGAAUCACCUGUUGGGGGAGUAGUUUGGUAGAGUCACGAUGAUAUUUAUCCGAUCCCACUUCCGUUUGAAUGUGUUGCCCUUUCUUCUUUUUUUGCAUGGUAGAAGGUGGAGGAAUACUUGAAAAGAGAAAAGUUCAAUUACGAGUGGGAGGAAAGCACUGGAAAUCUGUAUUACUGGUACGUACUCCCACCACUGGCGACUCAUCCAGUUACAGGCCGCAAAAUUUGGUUCACACAACCAAACGUUCAUCACAACACGUACUACAAGGAGUCUCCCAUGUUUGAUGGCGUGUCUCUCCCCAACCACAUGUAUCCAACUCACACACUUUAUGGCGACGGAAGUGAGAUUGACCCAGAGGUGAUUGAACAUGUCCGGGCGACGGGCUGGCGAAAUGCUGUGGGAUUUCCAUGGCGGAAGAGAGAUGUGCUGGUGCUGGACAAUCUUGCUGUUCAACAUGGCCGACUGAGCUUUAAAGGAGACAGGCUCCUUCUCGCCUACUUGACGGCUGAAUGAAUUAGUUUAGUCGUCGGAAAUGUGAGACGUAUGUAAAUAAAAAAAACUGUGUCUUUAAGAGCUGUGAAUAAUCAGAUCGACAUUGUAAUCUGUACCUUCAGUAUUGCCUCCAUUGC